UUCCACUGCUUGUGCAGGGGAGAAAAAGAGAGGUGAUCGACGGAGCAGAACCGACUGGAGGAAAGGGGAAGAGAAAGCAGCACACUGGUCCACGCUGUCGUUUUGCAGCUCGCUGUAGACCUGAACUAAGAUGUGUCAAGAGAUCAGCCCAGUCCAGGGAGCAGCAGAGAUUAGCGGGGAUUUAAUAUAAAACUCUUUAACCUGAGGUCACCUAGAAUAACUCUCACGUAUGUGUUCAUGGAGAGACCCGAGGACCAUAUGCGAAGUGCCAACAACAUGCCCAAGCAGGUGGAAGUACGGAUGCACGACAGCCACCUCAGUUCAGAGGAGCCCAAGCCCCGGCACCUGGGGCUGCGCUUGUGUGACAAACUGGGGAAGAAUCUCCUGCUGACGCUGACCGUGUUCGGUGUCAUCCUGGGGGCAGUAUGUGGAGGAUUUCUUCGCUUGGCAUCUCCUAUCCACCCUGAUGUGGUUAUGUUAAUAGCCUUCCCAGGGGAUAUACUCAUGAGGAUGCUAAAAAUGCUUAUCCUCCCUUUAAUCAUCUCCAGUUUAAUCACAGGGUUGUCGGGCCUGGAUGCUAAAGCCAGUGGCCGCCUGGGCACGAGAGCUAUGGUGUAUUACAUGUCCACCACCAUCAUCGCCGCAGUGCUGGGGGUCAUCCUGGUCUUGGCUAUCCACCCAGGGAACCCCAAACUCAAGAAGCAGCUGGGGCCUGGGAAGAAGAACGACGAAGUGUCCAGCCUGGAUGCCUUUCUCGACCUCAUUCGAAAUCUCUUCCCUGAAAACCUCGUCCAAGCUUGUUUUCAGCAGAUUCAAACAGUGACGAAGAAAGUCCUGAUGGCCCCUCCGUCAGACGAGGAUGGCAAUGCCACCAAUGCUGUCCUCUCGCUCCUGAACGAAACUGUGACUGAGGGUCCUGAGGAAACGCAGGUGGUUAUCAAGAAGGGCCUGGAGUUCAAGGAUGGCAUGAAUGUCUUAGGUCUGAUAGGGUUUUUCAUUGCCUUUGGCAUCGCCAUGGGGAAGAUGGGUGAGCAGGCCAAGCUGAUGGUGGAAUUCUUCAAUAUUUUGAAUGAGAUUGUGAUGAAGUUGGUGAUCAUGAUCAUGUGGUACUCUCCCCUGGGUAUCGCCUGCCUAAUUUGUGGGAAGAUCAUUGCAAUCAAGGACUUGGAAGUGGUUGCCAGGCAACUAGGGAUGUACAUGAUCACGGUGAUUGUCGGCCUCAUCAUCCACGGGGGAAUCUUUCUCCCCUUGAUUUACUUUCUAGUGACCAGGAAAAACCCUUUCUCCUUUUUUGCUGGCAUUUUCCAAGCUUGGAUCACUGCCCUGGGUACCGCUUCCAGUGCUGGAACUUUGCCUGUCACCUUCCGUUGCCUGGAAGAAAAUCUAGGGAUUGAUAAGCGUGUGACCAGGUUUGUCCUUCCAGUUGGAGCCACCAUUAACAUGGACGGUACAGCCCUUUAUGAAGCGGUGGCCGCCAUCUUUAUAGCCCAGAUGAAUGGCGUUGUCCUCGAUGGAGGCCAGAUUGUGACUGUAAGCCUCACAGCCACACUGGCCAGCGUUGGUGCAGCCAGUAUCCCCAGUGCCGGACUGGUUACCAUGCUCCUCAUUCUGACAGCAGUGGGCCUGCCGACCGAGGACAUCAGCCUACUGGUGGCCGUGGAUUGGUUGCUGGACAGGAUGAGAACGUCCGUCAAUGUCGUGGGGGACUCUUUUGGGGCUGGGAUAGUCUAUCACCUCUCCAAGUCUGAGCUGGAAACCAUUGAUUCCCAGCACCGAGUGCAUGAAGAUAUCGAAAUGACCAAGACCCAGUCCAUUUAUGAUGACAUGAAGAACCAUAGAGAAAGCAACUCUAACCAGUGUGUCUAUGCUGCACACAACUCUGUCAUAGUAGAUGAGUGCAAGGUAACUCUGGCAGCCAAUGGAAAGUCAGCCGACUGCAGCGUUGAGGAGGAAGCUUGGAAACGUGAAAAAUAAAGCUAUGACUCUCAGCAAAUUCUUGAAUAAACUCCCCAGCCUAUCUUAUGGUAAAAGAGGAUAUAAACAAGCUUUCUUUAAAAA